UCCCCCCCACAUACAUAAUGAAUGCCGGAUCAAGAUCACCUCGUCGGCUGUCACCUAGAUCUAGAUCUUUUUCUGGUUCUGAAACUUCUGAUGAGUUUUAUUCAUUGCCUGAUAGCGAUGACUUUGAUUUGGUUGAUGAAUCUAAAAAAAUUUUAAGCAUAAAGGAGCUUAAGGAUGUGCUUACAAUUUUAAAAAAACACAAUUUUGAUAGUUCCAAUUAUUUUGAUUUUUGUCUUUAUCUGGGCUUGUUACAUAACACUAUAAAAGAAAAUGAAGCAAAAAACAGAGGAGAUCCUCAGGCUUGUCUUCGUGAAGGCUUAGCUAAAUGGUUGAUGAAAGCUGAUAACGUGUCAGAGAUAGGUGAUCCAACUUGGUAUACUCUAUUGGAAGCUUUGCGACCCCUAAAUAAUGCAGUAGCUGAUGGAAUUGACAAAGAAAAACAUGCAGCUUGCUUCAUCUUUACUCAUCACAUACCUAAGGAUUUUAUCAGAAAUUCCUGUUUUAAGAAGUCCUCUAUUAUAUAUGUGCUACUAGUACGAGAAAUGAAGCUAAAGUCAUCUGAAUCUGCAAAUAGUUCUAAAAUAUAUAGUGCUUUGAAAAUAAGGAUCUGUUUAAGUCAUGAAAAUCUUCAAAAAUUUGCUGCAAUCUUGGAGAAAGAUAGUACUACAAGAAAUAUUGGAGAAGUUGUUAUGCAAGACUACAUGAAAGUUUUCCACAAUAAUGAUGAUGCAGUGAAUAGUGAAGAGACAGGUAUGCCAUUAUUAUUAUUAUUAUUAUUAUUAUUAUUAUUAUUAUUAUUAUAUAACUAUAUACAUUAUUUUAAUACUAAUGGUUACAAAGAUAGCAAAGCUAAAUCUGUUUCUGUUUCAUCUGAUGCAAGUGAUGUAUUUGGAGAUGAUUUUGCUACUACUCCAAGUAAAACUAAGCCUGUUUCUGUUUCCUCUGAUAUAAGUAAUGAUUUCAAAAAAAGACGAACCCAUUUUGCAGCUACUUUUGACAAAGUCAGUGAUGUUGUCACCGUUAGCAUUGAUAGAUUAAAAAAUUAUCUUCAAUAUUAUUUUGAGUAUGACGAUAAAGAGCUUUCUAAAUGUGAAACAGUUGCAGAUAUUUUAAAUUGGAUAAGUAAACAGUGCUCAUUGACAAAUAUUGAACUUUUGGAGGCAACAGUGGAACGUUUUGAAAUUGAUGCUGCUGUACCGAUUAUAAAUCGGUAUAAAGAAGAGAAUCAAAAGUUUGUUGAGAAAAUGACACUUGAUUUGUGCCUCGAUGAGCAUUUUUCUCUGCCUCCUGUUUUACAACUAGAAGAAAUUAAAUUUGUUGUCGAUAAAAAUUUACGUGAUUGCACAGUUAAAGACGUUGAUAAAUUUAUUCAAGAAGCUGCUACGAAAAAAUUAUCCACAUAUGUCAAGUUGUCUGUCAUAAGAAGAGGCAAUUCUUUCAGCAUUGUUUGCUCUUUUCCUGUUGUGCUGAGUGAAAGACUCAUAUCAACAGCACUCAAGAAUCUAAAAGUAUUGAAAGAUAAUGGAUUAUUGAAGCUAACUAUUGGAUACUGCACUGUUUAUGACUACAAAGAUGAGAGUUUGUGUUACCCUGAAGAAGGAGAGGCCUCAGAUGAGUACAUCUCUGCAGUGUAUACUAGUAGAGGAAUGUUGGAGCAGUUGCUUAUAGCAACAAGCAUGCAGUUAAUGUACAGGGAAGAACAAGACAAAGAAAAGAUUAGGGCUCUUGAGAAAAAAAUAGAAUUGUUAAAUGAGCAUGUGUCCUUAUUUCAGGAUUCAUCAGAAAAGAAGGAAAAUUAUCCUUUAGAAGAAGAGACCCCUCAAACUGAAAAAAGUCAAAUACUUGAAGAGAAAGAAAUUGCUACAGAAGAGGUGGAAGACCCAAAAGGUAUGACAGAAAAAGUGAAGCAAGAAAUUCAAGAUAGGGACAGAGUAAUUGCUAAAAGGAAUAAGCAGCUAUUGGAAUUAAAAGAAAAAAUGAAGCAAGAAAAAGUGACGCAAGACAUAGAAAUAUCAGAAUUAAAAGAAAAAUUGAAAAUUGAUGGUGUAGAAUUGGUUUCUCUCAGAGAAAAGUUGAUGGAGAAUGAAAUGAAAAGGGUGUAUCAAACUCAAGCCAAUGAUAGGAUACCUACUCUAAACUUUGCAGACGAUGCUAUCUAUACUCCUCCCAUUGAUGUCAUAAUGAUGUCAUUUGAUAGAUACAACAAGUUAGAUGAAGAUUGGUAUAGUCGGGCAUUUUACACACAUACCAAUGGCUACAAAAUGUGUCUUUGCGUUCGAUAUGAUGAUAAGAAAAAGUCUUCAAAUUUACAUGCUCAUUUAAUGGCUGGAGACUACGACAGUGAUCUUCAGUGGCCGUUUUGUGGUACCCUGAUGACAGAAAUACUGCAUCGAAAAACAAGAACAUUUCGUUACUUAACUAAAAUUGUUUUUGAUGAUGACAAGUUUUGUUCUAGAGUCUGGAAUGGCGUUCCAACUGAAGCAGGAAUUGCAUCAUCUAUUGUUGGAGAAGGAAUUUCUUUUGCUGAAGCUGUUCAAGAACCAUUUACCGAAUAUUUAGAAGACAACAGCAUAGUUAUUCGUGUCAAGUCCGUUAAUGUGGAAUCACUAGUUCAAACCAGUGCUGUUACAACUCCACCUCCAAUUAAGGAAGAAAUGCUGUUUGAAAUUGCUGAAUUCUCUCAUCACAAGAAAUCAAAUUCUGAGCGUAUCAGUGAAGGAUUUUACAGUGCUAAAGGAUAUAAGUUUGUACUGAUGGUUUAUCCUAAUGGUAGGAGUCACUUCCAAGGAAGAAGUGUAUCCAUUUUUGCUCACAUAUCUAUGGGAGAUUAUGACAAUAAAUUAACAUUUCCGUUUCGUGGAAAGAUAAUUGUUCAAAUUGUUAAUCGACUUGAUACUCUCAGGAAUCAUGUAGAGAAGACAAUUGAGUUUACUGAUAAGACUGAUCCUGAAGAAAGGUUUGGUGCUAAAGUAACUGGCCUUACUAGAUUUUUUGGUUCGGGACAUUCUCAUCAAGGUUUUGGAUAUCAUGAUAUGCUGCGUCAUGAGUCUUUAAUGUUUAACCUGAAACACAAGACACAAUACCUGAAGGAUGACAGCUUGAUAGUGAGAGUAACAAAAAUAGAAGAUUAUAAUGUGUAAUGUUUUAAAAGGAAUUGUUAUUAUUAUCAUUAUUAUUUUUAUUAUUAUCUUCUAGCCCCCUAACAUAAUUCCACUCCCUCUCUUCCUGUUUCUUUUCUUUUCUCUCCCUUUCCUUUAUUUUAUUUUAUUUCUUUCUUUCCUGUCAUUCCUCU